AUGCUCGGAUACGAGUGUCUAGACUCUAACAGUCCCCGCUCCUUCCUCUUCUCCGUCGUCGCCAAUGUCGGCCCCCGUGGCGCUAGCCGCUCCCUAGGCGUGGCCUACCGCCAGGGCAACGAUAGGGACGCCUUCGCGUCAUCUCAGGCACGUGUGGAGAAUGUCGUGGCAGACACCCUCGCGCUGAUCGAAAUCCUCUCGGAUCCUAUGAACCGCGCGCCGCUCGAGGCGGAGAGAGCGCUCGCGGAGGGCUGGUAUCGUCGGUCUCAGGGGGGUAACGAGACCGAGAGUACUAAGCGUCCCACCAUUCCAGACACGCCGCAGCCCCCUUUUAUCGUGCCUGAUGGCUCCUGGCGGCGGGAGCAGCCGCAAAUACUGCCCGAGCUGCCAUGGCAUGAUGACGCGCUUAGCGAGUUCCCCUUUAUAGCGACAUGCCUUUUGCUCGGGUUGUUACGCGAUGAUGGAGAUAUCGAUGAUGGAGAUAGCGAUGCCAAUGCCACUUAUAGUAAUAGUACACGCCCCGGCGACAUCCAGCUCCAGCCGCUAUCGACUAUAUUCCGUGGCGACUGCACCGAGUAUGGCCUUGUCGUUCUCGAUAUCUCCGACCUCGAUAGCGGCGUCAAGUACGGUAUCGUUGGUUUCCCCGUGUGCUAUAUGGCCGAGGUUACCUUCUACUGUAAGGAGGGUGGCUGGGAUCCCGUUGAAGACCCCCCGCCUAAAAAGGAGCCUGACAUUAUACUUAUUAGCCCGCGGCCUCGAGUGCCGUUAUCUAUCCUUCAGUGGCUACGCAAGUACUUCUACUAUAUCAGCCUACAAGAGAACCCCCGCUUCCUGAGACUAGAGGAUAGGCCGCUUAUUGAUACUACAGCCUUAGACUACAUUUGGCCGCCGGAGCUUGAAAGUCAGGCUAGAGUUGAAAAUCAGGCUAGAGAACCUUCGCAAGGUGUCAUCUCAAGCAUCUCCGACUACUUCUGGCCUUUAAAGUCCACCACCAGCGCCAAAGACAUAUCGACCAUAACAGCCUCGCGGCUGACCACGUCACACGAGCCGCCGCGAAAUGCGCAUAUGGACCGCGCCAUUGAUAACCUGCUGAUUCUCACACAGGAGCCCGCCGACCUCCACCUCGACGAAGAGACAAUUAGCAGAUUCCAAAAGCUCGCCGAGUUCCGCGAGCAGCUACGGCGGCGGCUCGAAGAGGUGCCCGAUAGCCUAGGCCCGUCCUCUGAGGCCUCGGGCCACAUUCUCCGCGUUGCGUACGCCGGAAACACGCACCUUAACUGGGUCGUGUUUAGAAACCUCGCGCCUAGCGUGAUUGCUACCGCCAUUAUAUCCGACGAGCUUCGGGGCGCGUCUGCGCUCAGCCUCUGCGUCGAUAAGUUCAAGCUGGAGGGAGGCGAAGGAGGCCUCGGUGAUCUAGUAGCGACUCUAGCGGAGUGCACGACCCUCAAACAGCUCUGUUUCGUGCAGGGACCGGACAGAAACAGCGACGAUACCUCCGCUCGUUUCUACACGCAGCUGCUAUUACGAGGGAGGUCAUCAGGAAACUUGGGGUGGCUCCGCGACAAAACCAUCUAUCCAACUUACGCCUUUUCGAGAUCCUUGCGCAACCACAAAUUUGCAUCGCCCUCGACUACUAGUGUCACUUUCACUUCCUCCGUCGUCCAAGUAUUUCCCGUGAUGCACAUGUUCACGUUUGUGGGUCAUCAACGCGAAGAUGUCGCAGACGCAGACCACCAGAACAGUCACUACUACGACAUGGGCAACACUCUUCUAGACCCCGAGCGCUUUGCCGUCCAAUUCCUAUCAUACCUCCGUUCCGUAGGUUCGGGUUCUGACAAGGCCAUCUUGCGAUUCGCAUACGGGGAGGCCUCCUCGUCAGUCGCCACCACCACCACCAACAACGACAAGUCACCGCUGCCAUCCUCAUCGUCCGGAGGGUUCGCUGUGAGUCCCAUUCCCGCCGGAUUCUUUGGCAACCGCCUCGCAGCAAAUUAUGAGUCAAGAGUCAGAGUCAGAGACAUACACCCCGGCAGCUGGGUCCUUCUUCUUGACCAAAAAGGCCGCAGUUCAAGUGACGACGGCGAUGACUUCCUACAAUACUCUUUUGUCAGAAUUCGUCAAACCUCUGACGAGAUUGCACCCGAGCAACAACAAAAAAGACCCAUCCCCGUCCCCGCCCCUGAUCUCGUCGAGGUAGUAGGCGGCCUAACAGAGUUCCUGCGCGAGACUGUGCCAGGGAGCGAUAUUUCCACGUGGGAGAAACGGGUCGAGGAGGCAGAGAAGGACUUCCGCGCGCGGCGGGCUUCAAUUGAAACGGGGAAACGCUGCAUCGGCAUCGGCGUCAUGGCUGAGAGCAGUGCCCGGGCAUUGCUUGACCAGUUACUGUGA